AUGAAUCGAUUCGGAAGAAAAAAUUCUUUGCUUGUUUGGCAUGUUGUAACAAUGGUUUUGCUCUUUAUUCAUUCUUUGAUGCCGGACAAGUGGGGCUUUUUGAUUCUCAGAACCCUCAACAACGGAACCCACCAUACUUCCUGGCUCGCUUUCGUUGCUUAUUCCCUGGAAGUUCUCGGCCCAACGAAACGAUCUGUAGCUGGAGCAACCAGUCAUGUUUACUACGCAAUGGGAUACAUCAUGUUCUCCGGCUUCGGGUAUUUCUUUCCGGAUUGGCGAGGAUUGACUUUUGCAGUCGCCAUGGCUCACUUGAUCUUCCUCGUUGUCACGCCUUUCUUUCCCGAGUCACCGAGCUUUUUGUACUCAAGAAAAUUGGAUGAAGAAGCGAGGAAGGUCCUGACCGAGUUUUCCGAGAAAACAAACAAGUCCCUUGACGAUGAGUUCCUCAAUCAUUUGGAAGAAGAGAUCCGAAAAGUUGAGGAGAAAAAGGGAGAAGAAGAAGCAGAAGUGAAGAAGUUCACGAUUUUGGAUUUGCUCAAACACAAAGAAAUGCGAAAAGUUGCCCUAAUCAUGGGUUUUGGCUUCAUUUCCACAGUUCUUUCCUACUACGGCUUAUCCUUCAAUGUAUCCAGCAUCAGUGGAAAUUUGUACUUGAACAAUACGAUAAAUGGAAUCAUGGAACUGCUGGGGUAUUCUUUGGUCACUUUCGCUCUCGAUAUUGUUGGAAGAAAGUGGUGUUCGGGUGGAUUGAUGCUUUUUGGAGGAAUCGUUUCUGUUGGUUGCGCGAUUUUAGCAGAAGUGGGGGAGGAUGAGGCAGUCAGAUGGCUUUCUUUCGUCGGCAAAUUCGCUGUCAGCGGCGCUUUUUGCGCAAUCUACGUCUAUGCCGGCGAGCUGUACCCAACAGAAGUCCGCUCCACUGGAAUUGGUUUCGCCUCAAUGACAGGCAGAAUCGGCGGUUUCGUCAGCCCUUUCAUUAUCCAAAUAGAAAGUCAAUUGGUCAUUUAUCUCAUUUUUGGCAUUUUUGGAAUCGUCGGCGGCGCGCUCAUGUUUCUGCUUCCUGAAGUGAAGGGUCGGCCGAUUUUGCAAACAAUCGAAGAGGCGGUAGAAUUUUAUAAAAAUCCGAAUAAGAUUCAAGCGGCUCAAGAAGUUGUCGAUGAUAACGAAGGUCUUGAAAGAAUUGAAGAUCCAACAACGGAAGCUUCUUUUUAA